AUGUCGGAUUUGGAUGACGAUUUGUUGGCUCUUGCUGGAGCGGAUUCUGGCAGUGAAGAAAAUGACAAUGUCGUCAAGCGAGCGGCCUCAGAAGGCGGCCCCAGAAAGAGAUUGAAGACCGGUUCUUCUGAUGAAGAUGAGGAUGAAGGAGACGAUGAUAAUGACGAAGCAUUUGACGAAGAUGACGCUGGUGAAGAUGAGAACGAUGAAGAGGUAAAUGAUUCCAGAACCUACGAUGAUGAAGACGAAGAAGAAGAGGAUGAACUAGUCAACCCAUACCCACUAGAAGGGAAGUAUAAGGAUGAAGAGGACCGUGAGCGUUUGCUUGAUAUGGACGAGAUCGAGAGAGAACAGACUCUUUUUGAAAGAUCCCAGGAAAUGGAUAGAUACAAUGAGAAGAAGUAUUUGAGGCAGAGAUUGAAGCAGGCUCAAGGUACCGAGAAAAAGACCAGAACCAGUAGUCGACAGGCGACUCUGGGCGCAAGAAGCUCGAAGAUGGACAAAUUGAGCGAGUUGAGGAAACAGAGAGAGCGCAAGUCGCGCAAGGCUGCUGCUGAAGACUACGAAGACGAGGAGGAAGAAGAAGAGGAUGAAGAGGAAGAGCUCGACGAUGUUGAAGAGGAGGCCUAUGGAGACGAUGAAGUCGUCUGGGGAAGCGGUAAAUCCAAGUUCAGACCCAAGAGCUUUGAAAAGGCUACCGCUGCAGACAUUAACAAGAUCAAGAUUGGAAGAAGUUUUCUCAGCAAGUACCUCUACUACCGUAAUUUCGCAGAAGUUGUGUCACGGUCUUUUGGAAAGAUCAACGUGGGAAUGGACCGCAGGACCCGCCGCCCAAUGUACAGAGUGGUGCAAAUUGAAGAGGUGGUAACCUACCCUCAAAAACAGUAUCAAGUGGGCGAGACAAGAACAGACAUGUACUUGUUGGUCAGUCAAAACAGACAACAGACCAAAGAAUUCCCCUUCACGGUGUUUAGUGACGGUGACAUAUUCCCAGAAGAGUUCGAGAGGUAUCUCCAAGAAUUGAGCAAGACAAACGAAGACCCACCAUAUGUGGAUGAUGUGAACGAGAAAGCUGAAGAGAUACAUCGCUUGAUGAACAGCGGUCUCACAAAUCAAGAUAUUGACGAAAUGAUUUCAAGGAAGCAGAAGAUGAAGAACGGCAUGAGGGCGUAUGAUGCGGUUUACGAAAAGUCUAAAGCAAUGGAUGAGUUGCGUGUGGCUAAGCAAGAGGGCAACGUUGAAAGGAUCAGGGAGUUGAGUGAUCGCAUUAAGAAGAUGGACGAGAUUUUGCUUAAGGACAACGAGAGAGCUAGCAAAAGCUCGUUAACGAGCAUGUCCAAGGUUAACGAGAGAAACAGAAAGUUGAACCAGACGAAUGUCAGAAAAGCUGAGCUUAAAUCGAUGAAAAAAGUGAAUGAAAGUGUCGAAGGUGAUGCUUUUUCGCGUCUCAAGACGAACUCAAGAAUGUUCUACAAAGAUCUCGCUAAGGAGGAAAACCAAAAGGCCUUGCACGAUGCCAGGGCCAAUUACGACACAAUGAUUGCUGAGAAGAAUGAGAAAGAAGCCAAAAUUGCCACCUCCACAUACAGAGAAAUGGGCGUUUUCGACAAACUUAUUGCACUGAUAGACUUAAAUAUCGUGCCGACGCUACAAUGA